AUGGGGCAUGUUGAAGAAUUCUUAAGAGCUCUCGUAACCAGUGAACAGCUGUGUCCUUUUGGUCAGUUAAGGAUAUUUCUUGAUGAAGAUAUCAGAUGUCCAGAAAAAUAUACAGCACUUCGAAGUUUAUAUUUUAUACAUAACAACUCAAAGAAUGUUCAAAUAUGGGACUUGCAUGGCCACAAAUACUUACCUUUGACAGGGAAAGAAGUUUAUAUUGGAAGUAUUGAGCAUUUUGGAACGAAAGAAAAAUUAAAAUUUCCCACAGAGAUAUUUCUUGAGAGUGAAGGAUUCAUGAGAACACGCUGGAGUAUUGGUCAUACAAUCUUUGAUCUAGUCAAUAUACAUCUUUUUCAUGACGCAUCAAAUUUCAUAGCCAUGGAAGAUGUUUUCUACUGA